CGAGCGGAGGCGCCGAGCUGAAAAUCUUAAAGUUGUGAUCGGUGAAAGAAAGAUCCGGACUAUGAAAGAGCGCAGUGGCUCAAACCUGCCGCAUGGUGCUGAGACGAAGCAUGCCGAAGAGUUUUCUCUCUUUCCAAUAAAGUUAUUAUUUUUGCUUCUUAACCUGCUUUGCAUUCAGAGCGGCUCUGGUCUCGUUUUCAGUCGCACUGGCAGCUGAGUGCUAUCAUUUUUUAAAAAAACAAUUUUUGAAGACAUUUCCGAAACUUCCCUAUAAUCUCCAAGGCGCUGAGAAACACAAGGAAAAACAACGCGCCUCUAACUUUUUUUUUUUUUUUUGCCUCCACGCGCCUUUACGCACGCGCUCCACUGAAGUGUGGAAGAACGGACAGACAGUCGAAGUGUACAGUGAUUUUAUUUCACCAGCAGGAUUUUAAGAGUUUUAUUGAAUGGUUAUGGUGGCGAACAACCCAGACUUGCCGCCCAUCGACUGUGCCGACUCCGGUGAGAUGGAGGCGGACGCGGACGCCUCGCGGACCCCGGGCUCCCCGCACGCGACCGGGGACGUGGCGUGGUGCAAGACGCCCACCGGCCACAUCAAGCGGCCUAUGAACGCGUUCAUGGUGUGGUCGCAGAUCGAGCGGCGCAAGAUCAUGGAGCAGUCUCCCGACAUGCACAACGCAGAGAUCUCCAAGCGGCUGGGAAAGCGCUGGAAGCUCCUGCGAGACUGCGACAAGAUCCCGUUCAUCCGCGAGGCCGAGCGCCUCAGACUCAAACACAUGGCAGACUACCCGGACUACAAGUACCGGCCGAGGAAGAAGGUCAAGACGUCCGCUGGUGCAUGCAAAGCUGGCGGGGAAAAGGGGGACAAGGGGGUCACCGGAGGCGGGAAGUCAUCCUCCAAAAAAAGCCACGGCUCUAAUAAAUCUCCUGGCAGGACGCACAAGAAGUCUGGCUCUCUCGAAGCCGUCAGUGAUGCGCUCUAUAAACCCAGAGCAGCGUCUUCUGCAAAGCAGAUACCGGACAAACCGGUGAAGCGCGCGCACUCCGGCUCAGAAAGCCUCGCCCCCUCCGCCGCCGUGCCCGCGAGCCCGACACUGAGCAGCUCGGCUGAGUGCGCAGAGCCUCCGAGCCUCUACGAUGACGCGGGGACGCGCUUCAAACACGCCCGCGCCUCGUCUCCGACCCCGUCCGCCUCGCACUCCUCCUCUUCCUCCUCCUCGCACUCCUCGGAUGAAGAGUUUGAAGACGACCCGCUGGACUUCGACCCCAGUCCCGGUGGCUUUAGCGGCGGAUUCGGGAGCGACACGUGCCUGGACCGAGACUUGGACUUCGGUUUCGAGUCGGGCUCCGGCUCGCACUUCGAGUUCCCGGACUACUGCACGCCCGAGGUGAGCGAGAUGAUCUCGGGGGACUGGCUCGAGUCCACCAUCUCUAACCUGGUGUUCACGUAUUGAGCCCAGAUUUUAAGACUUGGCGUUGAAAAAAAAAAUCCCAAGCGUCCUGCGACGUGCACGACGACGCGACUGAACGACGCGAUUCCCACCUGUUUCAUAUUAAAACGCUGUGGGCUCUCACACGCAGAUGAAAAAACAUAAUUACAGAAAAGGAAAGAAAAAAAGAGAAGAAAUGCUCCUUUGGAGGAGGAUGAAAGAUGCUACAAGUUGUUUGUGCGAGCAGGAAGAGCUCAGAAGUUGCACGGAGACGUGUGGAGGCUGAGACUGUGUCUGAGGGCCGUUAGAAAUCAGUGAGCUGAUCUGCUGGACUGGAAGGUGAGCGGUUAGCUUAGUGUGACUACAGCGGGCUCCCACAUGAACUGAAGCGCAUGAUGAGGACGGUUUUGCUUGUGAAGCGCGAGCCGUAUCGGUUUUUAAGAAGAAACAAAAACAAACAAAAACAAAACUAUCACCAGCUUUUUCCCGUUAAAGAGAUGUCAGGUGUUUAAGCGCAACUCAGACGGUUCAGCUUUUUUUCCUUACACUACAGAUCAGGACCAAAAUUCGUCCGAGAAGCGUGUUCUCUCUCUCUCUCUCUCUCUCUCUCACACACACUCUAUCUCUCUAUCUCUCUCUCUCUCACACACACACUCUCUCUUUCUCUGUCUCUCAUACUCUAUCUAUCUAUCUAUCUAUCUUUCUCUUUCACUCUCUCUCUAUAUAUCUUCUCUCUCUCUAUCUUUAUCUCUUUCUGUCUUUCUCUCUCUUUCUCUUGCUUUCCCUUGCUAUCUUUCUCUCUCUCUCUCUCUCUCUCUCUCUCUUGCUUUUUUUUUUAUUUGAACCUCUCCUCCACCCUGUCAAUCCCUCCUUUAUAACCCAUUUGUGCUCAGAACAAACAAUUUUAUACCAAUGUAUUUAUAAUGCUCCAAAUGUUUGCAUUUGCAUUUUUCCUUUUGUGUUUGUUUUCAGACAAAAAAAAAAACAAAAAAAAAAAACGCUAUUGUUAUGAUAUUGUUGCUAACCAGCAGUUAGCACCUUUAAAAUGACAUCAUGCUAAUUGGUGGCUAUUGAUUUCCAUUCACUGUUAGCCACAUUAGCAUGUGUGGUAAAGCUCCUCUUUUUUCUCUACAGUACACCAGUCUGUCUUGUCGUGUAGCCUCCAGAUGCAACAUGUACGUCUCUGUUUUUCUCAAGGGCUAGAAACUGCAUCGUGUCAUUUAAUGGACGGGAGAUGAAUCGUUGCUGUUAUUUUCUACGUGUAUUUUUGUACAAUUAAGAUUUUGUCUCGGAAACAAACAAACAAAAAAAAAAUAAACAAUCUGUUUACAGUGUCGAGCCGCAGAUUUCUUAAAGACACACUAUCACAAUUUCUCAACCAGCCAUGCAAAUGAGACUGUAUGUAGCGGAAGCAUCAGUGUCCUUAUGGGAAAUACUGUUUCCUUUUUUUGACGAUUUCUUUGUGCUUUAAUCAGUGAAUCCGUCAUUUUUUUAAAACCACUGGAUGUAAUUUGAACACGCUCUAAAAUGCCUAUAUGAUUUCAUGAAGUAAUGCUUUCACUCCUAAAUGUUACAAGGAUAUUUAAUCUUUUUCUACUUGUUGGCUAAAUGUAGCUAAUCGUUUUUAGUAUGUUACGGCAUGGCAACUAGCGUUUCGUAUUUUUUAAAAAUUCAGGUUCACGUAGAGCUGUUGUGUUUAAGGCAAAAGGAUCAGCGUGAAGAUUUUUUUAAUGUACAUUGAUUGUAUAAUAAAGUAAAAAGACUGUGUGCUUGUGUGGCAAAGACCUGCCACACCAGGCACUUUGAACAUAUAUCUUUAUACGUCCCUAUGUUUAAAGUUGUUGUUCAUGACUUUUUUGGGAUAAAUAGGCCUAUAUACAUUUUAAUAUUGUUUCAUUUUGUGCAAUAUGCUGUGUACAAUAUUGUUUUGUCUUGCCAUACCAUAUCACGUUUGAGUAGAGAAUUCCAAGCCAGCCAAUUGUGUCAAGUCACUGCCUGUCAGACCUCUGUACAAAAAAUAAAAAAAAAAAACUUUGUCUUUUUUCCAGAAGGAAAUAAAAUCAGCUGGAACUGAA